AUGUCGGAACCGAAAUCAGGCGGUGACCACAUCUCGCCAGCUUUGGAGAAAGAGAAAUAUGGGGCUGAGAGAGGUGACGAUGGACCUCGAACAGAAAUCAGGAAGGGAAUCGCAAAUCCGGAGGAACCAGACCUCGAAUCAGACGACCGUAAUCGAGAACCCACGAAUCCACUUUCCACCGUGCGCACUGUCGCUCUUGUAACGACCCUCACAGGCGCCGCGUUUCUCAAUACCCUCUCCGUCCAAGCUCUUGUCAUCAUACUGCCAACAAUCUCUGCGUCUCUCAACAUCCCCUCCGCACGACAGCAAUGGCUCGUUUCGGCAUACUCUCUCACCUUCGGCUGCUUCCUCCUCCUUUGGGGCCGACUGGCUGAUGUCUACGGAAAGCGUCUGAUCUUCAUCUACGGUUCCGCGUGGUUCUGUAUCAUGACUGUCAUCUGUCCCUUCAUCCCCAAUGAGAUUGGCUUCAACACGGUUCGCGGUCUCCAAGGUCUAGGCGCGGCAGCGAAUGUGCCGACAGCGAUUGGCAUUCUGGGAACCAGCUUUCCACCAGGCAAAUCCAAGAACUAUGCCUUUGCAAUGUAUUCUGCUGGAGCUCCACUCGGAUCUGUGUUUGGAAACUUAUUGGGAGGUAUAGUUGGUGAGUACGCGACCUGGAAAUGGGUCUUUUGGAUCCUAGCGAUCAUGUCCGCAAUUGCUACCAUUGCCGCGUGGUUCGUCAUCCCAUUACCGACAGUCCUGCCCAAAGAAGAGGACGUCAAGAAUGCAGUGGAUUGGCCAGGUGGAAUGAUGAUCACAGUGGGUCUGAUAAUCCUCCUGUUUGCUCUUACGGAUGGGAAUGUGGUGGGUUGGAGCAAAGCAUAUAUUCCUGUGCUGAUCGUCUUGUCCCUGCUUCUGGUGGCAGCGUUCGUGGCCUGGCAAAUAUACUUGGAGAACAAGACAACAAAGAGACCGCUGAUGAAGGUUAGUAUCUUCCGCAGUACGCGUGUUUCGGCUGCCAUGAUCACCAUGGCCUUCUUUUACGCCGCCUUCAACAACUUCCUCAUCUUCGCAACAUACUUUUAUCAGGAGUACAAGGGACUGGAUGCCAUUCAUACCACGCUCCGAUUCAUCCCGACGGGCGUGGUGGGAGCCAUGACUGUCUUCGUCACGGCGCAACUGCUGGCGCUGGUGGACGUUCAAUACAUCACGAUGUUUGGAACGAUGUGCUGUGCAAUCGCAGGACUUCUCUUCGCUGUGCCGAUUGAUCCCAGUACAACAUAUUGGGCGUACGGUUUUCCCGCCAUGUGUCUUGCCGUAUUUGGUGCGGACACUUUGUUUCCUGCCCUGUUACUCCUCACGGCGCACGCGCUGCCUCAGGAGGAUCAGGCCAUUGGGGGUGCUAUGGUGAAUGCUGUGGGACAGAUAGGACGGGCCAUUGGCUUAGCGAUAGGUACCGCCAUCCAGGUUGCGGUUCAAGAGAGCAAGGAGGUUUCCGACGAUGCUGCGGUGACGGGAGCGGGAUCGAAAGACAAUCCGGCAUUUCUCGCUGGCCUUAGGAGUGCAGAAUGGUUCAAUUUUGCCCUUUGUCUGGUGGCGUUGGGCAUAGCGACUUUUGCGUUCAGAGGCGCAGGGAAAGUGGGUGGAUCCAAAAAGUAG